AUGGUAGUUAGUAUUUUUAUUAGGGAAAGAAAAUUGGAAGAGAAAACCCUAACCUCUCUCUAUCUCUCUCUCCCCGAAAUCACUAACCUCUCGCGAGAUUCUUUCCCCUUUCAUUUCCUCUCCUUCAUCGUUCUUACCUCUGCCGUCUUCAUCUUCUACUCCUUCUCCGGCGAAGACACAAGUCGCUCCGCCGUCUUCUCCUUGCGGGCGAGCGACGAGCGUUAUUGCAGACGGAGACCAGACCACGUCAGUUUCUUUAGCGUGAACCAGCCACCGUUGAAGACCAACCCAGGAUCUCCGGCGACCUGGUGGCACCAUCCACGUGACUCGAACGCCUUGCAGAAGCGUUUUUCUUCCUUUCGCUUAGGUUCGACAUUUACCAACUCGUAUUCAGCGUUAGAUUUGAGUUACGGACCCGUUCCAGCAAGGGUUCAAUUCAAGUAUACUUGGGUAGUAUCUGCUUCUAGUGUCUGCUUCGUAUCCUUAAAGAUGCUUCCUCUUUCGCUCCUAAAGACUGCUCAAGGGCACCCAAUGUUGGUGGAGUUGAAAAAUGGUGAGACUUACAACGGCCAUUUGGUUAAUUGCGAUACAUGGAUGAACAUUCAUCUUCGGGAAGUCAUCUGCACUUCUAAAGAUGGUGACCGGUUUUGGCGAAUGCCUGAAUGUUAUAUCCGUGGUAAUACAAUCAAGUAUUUGCGAGUUCCAGAUGAGGUUAUUGACAAAGUUCAGGAAGAAACCAAAAGCCGAGCAGAUAGGAAACCUCCGGGUGUAGGGCGUGGAAGAGGAAGAGGACGUGAAGAUGGUCCUGGUGGAAGACCAGCUAAAGGAAUGGGGCGAGGCUUUGAUGAUAGUGCUAAAGCUGCUUCUGGAGGCCGUGGAAAGGGUGGCCCUGGUGGAAAACCUGGUGCCAACAGAGUUGGAGGGAGGGGCCGAGGGUGAUCGGAGUGAUAUCAGUAACAGAUGAGAUGGACUAACUACAUAUGCAAGCCCUGCCCAGUUUUCUCAUCGGCAGUAGUGUUUUUUCUGUUUUAUGCAUUUGCUUUUGGUCUGGAUUCUUUAGUGAAUAUUUAUGUGAUUUUAGCGCCAGACCUCUCUGCCAAAGUUGUAAACAAGAGAAACUGUUCAUUUUAUUGUUGUAAUUGAGUGCAAUUGGUUCAUAGAUUUUGGUAUUGGUAUGUAGAUAGUUUCAUGUUUUCAGAUGUUCUAGAGGGCUUGGAGAGGCUGUGAUACUUUGAUAUUGUCUUCUUUCUUCUCCGUUGGUUCAUCUCCCUUCUUUUUUGCCUA